AUGGGAUACAAAAUUCGGAAUAUCUAUGUUUUGGCGUCCUUCGGGACGAUAGGCGGAGCUUUUUCUAUGAGCGCAUGGAUUGGAACAAAGCAGUACACAACAUAUUUUAAUAAUCCCAGCGCCAAUUUACAGGGUGGCAUCACGGCGUCAAUGUCCGGAGGCUCCUUCAUUGGUGCCCUUGGCGCCGGUCCGCUCUGCGAUAGAGUAGGACGACGACGUGCUCUCAUGGUAGCUGCAUGUAUCUGGAUCGUAGGUACUGCUAUCGUGUUGAGCUCGCAGAAUGUUGCCCAAUUGAUUGCUGGCCGAGUAAUCAACGGUCUCUGUGUGGGCAUAACAUCUUCGCAAGUCCCUACUUUUCUGGCCGAGUUAUCUCCUGCACCAAUCCGUGGCCGGAUCGUAGGGAUUCAACAAUGGGCUAUCGAGUGGGGCAUCCUGAUUAUGUAUCUCGUAUCAUAUGGAUGUUCCAAGAUCUCAGGGCCAUCAUCCUUCCGGCUAGCCUGGGGGUUACAAGGUGUCCCUGCUAUCGUUUUACUGGUCUCAUUGUUUUUCUUUCCAGAAUCUCCAAGAUGGCUGGCAAGCAAAAACCGUUGGGACGAAUGCCUUCAGACUCUUGCCUUUUUGCAUUCCAAAGGCGAUACCUCGAAUUCUCUCGUCCAAGCAGAAUUUGAAGAAGUCAAGGAAGCUCAAAGGCAAGCCUCUUCAGGGAAGGAGCUCCCCAUUCUGGGUCUAUUCGGCCAUAAAAUGUGGCGACGAACAAGUGCUGGUGUUUUUGCGCAGCUCUGGCAACAGCUUUUGGGAGGAAACGUGAUGAUGUACUACAUUGUAUAUGUUUUUGAAAUGGCUGGAUUGAGCGGAAACGUGAACCUUGUCUCCUCUGCCAUUCAAUAUGUCAUUUUCCUUGUGACUACCGGCAUCACUUUAGCCUUCUUCAUUGAAAGAUUAGGGCGGAGACCACUUUUCGUUUAUGGUGGAAUUCUGAUGAGCGGCUUUAAUUUCUGCGUUGCUGGCUUGAUGGCAUCCAGAGGCCAUCCCAUUAACGGUGUCGGUACUGCCAAAAACAUUCGAUGGGAGGUAAGAGGCAGUUAUGCCAAGGGCGUGAUUGCCUGUUCAUAUCUAUUCGUCGCCGUAUAUGGCUUUACCUGGGCUCCAGCGGCUUGGAUUUACUGCGCCGAAGUUUUCCCCCUUAAGUGGCGAGCCAAAGGUAUGGGCUUGUCUGCAGCGACCAACUGGGCCUUUAACUUUGCACUGGCCUGGUUCGUACCACCCGCCUUUCAAAACAUUGUGUGGAAAACUUAUAUCAUAUUCGGAGUCUUUUGCUUCUGUGCCUUUAUCCAUUCGUUACUCUUGUUUCCAGAAACGGCGGGAAAGACCCUCGAGGAGAUUGAUGUCCUGUUUUCGGGCGAGGUCCCGGCCUGGCAGAGUAACAAGGUUAAAAGCAAGCUUGCGGAAAGGGCCCACGAUUUCGAAGAAAAGCAACGUGCCGAAUCCAUUGCGGGAAGCUCUUCUGCCAUGCAUCCCACUAAGGCGACAGCGGAGCACAUGGAGAGACAAGACUCACCUGUAUAG